AUGUCAUCUGCGGCCCUUCAAUCAACCUUGGUUGCCAAAUCUCCUGUUCCUGCUCGGCCAGUAGGAAGGCCUUACACCUCAGGUACGGCGCAGUCUCGAGAAGGUUAUUUUCGUCCUUCCUCAGCCAACACAUCUUCCCCCUCGGCCAGGCGACCGUCAAGGAGAUCCAGCGGAAACGGAAUAGUUGGUAAUAGUAACCAUUCUCAAACGCAUGGCUCAUCGGUAAUCUGUUCCCCUACGUCAUCAACUAGCAGUCGUCUACAUUCCUCCUCGACCAUGACAACAACUGCACCCCUGACACAAACGAUUAUGUCUCCCGGCGAUUCACAACGCGGCCUUCCACCUAUUGUUUCUCCGCGAACAUCAUCUAAUCGAGCUAUUCAUCCGUGCCCAGUAGCUGAAUACUCUUCCUCUUCGAGAAAGGGUACACCGCGGGAUCCAUCAGACGCUGCACGUCGAGAAACUAAGAGUAGUGACGGGCAGUACGAUCGAGAUCGAACACGAAAUAAAAGGACGUUUUCUCAGACACGCAAACCAAGUGAAGACCCCGCAGCUAACACCACACGGACUAGGAAUCGUCAAGUGUCACAAAAUGACCCACAAGUACAACAAUCAAAUGAAGCUCUAGAUCCAAAGGUCUCAACUACGAUGAACGUUCGGCGAAAGCCUGCGUCGACUCUAGAAAACCAGUCUCGUACUGGUCCUUCACGCGAGGCAAGUGAGGUAUUGAAUCGAAUUAUUGUCAGUCAGCCCGAAAUAGAUAUCGAGCGGGAACGUGAGCGAAUGGCUGAGGCUGUACCAAACCAUCAAGGCACUCACGUCAAUUCGAAGCCUGAAAAAGAAAAUACAACAAGAUCAACUAAAAAUCGCCAUGAACAUGCUGCGGUAUCUGGAAAGCGAGAAAAGAGUAGCAAGUUUGGAGAAUAUUAUCUAGGUGGAACGCUGGGCGAGGGAGAGUUCGGCAAGGUUAAAAUGGGCUGGAAGCAAGAAGGUGGUGUUCAAGUUGCUAUCAAGCUAAUACGUCGAGACAGUGUAGGCACUAAUCCCUCGCGACUGGCCAAAAUUUAUCGUGAGAUUGCCAUUCUACGAGAAAUUUCCCAUCCCAAUAUUGUUCGUCUGCAUGAAAUGGUGGAGACCGAGAAGCAGAUCGGUAUCAUUCUUGAGUAUGCAUCUGGUGGUGAAUUAUUCGACUAUAUACUCAAUCACCGUUACCUAAAAGAUCAUCCUGCCCGACGAUUGUUUUCACAGCUCGUAUCUGGUGUAGGAUAUCUCCAUAGAAAGGGGAUUGUGCAUCGUGAUUUAAAGUUAGAGAAUUUGUUACUCGACCGUAAUCGGAAUAUCAUCAUCACUGAUUUUGGAUUUGCAAAUACCUUUAACGCUGAAGAUAAGCUCAGCGAAGAGAUUGAAUAUAGCUUAGGGAGUCGUGAUUUUGUUAAAAAACUAGAACUCGAUAAAAUUCUCCCUGACGGUCACCGUCGGGGAGACUUGAUGCAGACCAGCUGUGGUAGUCCCUGUUAUGCCGCACCCGAACUUGUCGUAAGCGACUCUCUAUAUACUGGACGGAAAGUAGAUGUUUGGAGCUGCGGGGUCAUUUUAUAUGCCAUGCUUGCUGGCUACCUUCCCUUUGACGACGAUCCAGCUAACCCUGAGGGAGACAAUAUUAAUCUUCUUUACAAGUACAUAGUUUCAACACCCCUCACAUUCCCAGAAUAUGUGUCACCUCAUGCCCGAGAUCUCCUUCGCCGAAUUCUCGUUCCUGAUCCUCGAAAACGGGCCGACCUAUUCGAAGUAGCACGUCAUAGUUGGCUGGCAGAAUAUGCCCAUGUCGUAAGCUUCAUUACUAGUGGUUCUUCUUUAAGUCGUGGAACCCCGACAAAGUUAGUAUCAGCCAUCGAAAGUGUUGACGUACCCACCAUCACUAGAAGUGUGUCGGUGCGGGAGCCAACAAAAAUUCCAAAACCUACCACAGCUGGUGGUGAAUCCACCCGAAAGACUAUAAAAGUAACACAAGAAUCACCAGAUUCACACAAAAUCAUGAAGGAUAACAAACGUCGAACUGUGCAGGUCGAAUACGUUGCCCCUAUGUCUGAGACACAACGUGGCACUGGCUCUUCAGCAUUAGCUCAAGAGCCAGUCCAAAUCCAAUCUCAUUCGCGGCCCAUGUCGAGAAGUCAAGGUCAAGGAGAACAGCAGACGACGUCCUCAGAUGAUAACAAAGCAAUCCCACAUGAUCCACCAGGAACAAGAGCUUAUUCCAGUCAUGGUAGGCGCUCAACAUCCCUUAGUCGGCAACCAAAAGCUACUACAUCAAAACGGUGUGAGCUUCCACUUGUAACCACCGAUACAACGCAUAGCGCCGCACAUCCUCCUGUAUCGAUUGUGAGAUGUACCACUGGCGGUUCGGUAGCAUCCAAUGGAAGUCGACCAGCAUCGAUGCAUUUAACAAGUCGAGGGUCUUACAGCCAGCCUGUCGCACCUGCAAUCGCCGGGACAAAUGUGCAAGGACGUAUGUCUCAGCCAGGAGGCGGGAAGAGCUACAACAAAACGGCUGUGCAAGGCGAGUUUGAUGGCACAUUUAGCAGUGACGGAGUCCGAUCUCCAGCACCACCUAGCCCAGUGAUCAGAGUGCCUGAUAGGACGAAUCAGAUCAAUGUAAAUCAAGGUGAGGCUAAGGGUCAUCGUCGGUCCAAUACGAUUGGUGGAUUCUUCAGUCGAAGUAACUCAGUAUUUGGAGGGAGACGCGUGAUUGAAGAGAAGGCUAGUAAAAAGUACCCUCCAGUAAGCAUGCCCAUGAAUCCGAUACUUAAAGAAGAUACGCCGAGGCUCUCUGUGGACUCCCGUCGCUCAAUUUCGUUUGGAUUUGGUAAGAAGAGGAGCGGUAGCAUUUCAAAUUCACAGACGACAACGUUGAUGGAGAAACCUCGCCGAUUUUCCUUGAUCCCGACCGCCUUCUCUCUUAAAGCUAUCGGUAUCGGAAAAGACGGCACAUUCAGUGGGACAGAAAAUAACUCUAGACACAGCGAUCAUCCCGACAGUCAUAACGAACCUUCUCGCUCAACUUCAGCCAGAACAACUUUGGCCUAUAAUACCACCGAAACCAAUGCUACACCGACAUCUCAUCUAGAUGGCCUUGAUGAGACAAGCUCCGAAGUUCCGAUUCGCUGUAAUAGACCAAGCAACAAUCAACAAAGAGAACACUCUCAAAAACAGGCUGCUACUCAGACAAAUUACUUACCUCCGCUCAACUUCCGUCACGGGCGCGCAUUAGAGUCGGAAUCUUCUAUUAUGGAAGCAAUGAACACCCACAGGGGACAGUUGAAUUCUACCAAGCGCCCAACACCACCUCAGUCGCAGAAUCAGAAGAGGUCGAAUGGGAGAGGUGCUCUGCAGAAAAAUACUCGCCGAUUCACUGAUGCCUAUGAGCAGGAGCUUGGAAAAGGAUAUGGAAACACCCACAGCGACCACGCAGGAAGUAGUGGCGCUGCCAGGAAGGUUAUGGAUUUUUUCCGACGACGUGGAAGAGACAGAGGGUUAUAA